AUGCUGAGGACCAACCGGGGCACUGUUGGAGGCUUCUUCCUGGCCGGCCGUGAUGUGGCCUGGUGGCCGAUGGGUGCCUCCCUUUUUGCCAGUAACAUCGGCAGCAGCCACUUUGUGGGGCUGGCUGGGACUGGAGCAGCUUCAGGGAUUGCCACUGCAGCAUUUGAAUGGAACGCCUUGCUGCUGUUGCUAGUUCUGGGGUGGUUUUUUGUCCCCAUAUACAUCAAGGCAGGGGUGAUGACCAUGCCGGAAUAUCUGAAAAAGCGCUUUGGUGGGAAGCGACUCCAAACCUACUUCUCCAUCCUGUCCCUCUUCGUCUGUGUAGCUUUGAGAAUCCCAUCAGACAUGUUUUCUGGAGCCAUAUUCAUCAAGCUGGCUUUGGGAUUGGACCUUUACCUGGCAAUCUUCAUCCUCUUGGCAAUCACUGCUGUUUACACGAUCACUGGGGGCUUGGCCUCAGUGAUUUACACAGACACCCUCCAGACCAUCAUCAUGCUGAUUGGCUCUUUCAUUCUCAUGGGAUUUGCAUUUGCCGAAGUUGGUGGCUACGAGAGUUUCACAGAGAAGUAUAUGAACGCCAUCCCGUCCAUAGUCGAGGGUGACAACCUGACAAUCAGCUCCAGGUGCUACACUCCUCAGGCCGACUCUUUUCACAUUUUCCGAGAUGCUGUCACCGGGGAUAUUCCAUGGCCAGGCACGACCUUCUUUGAAGUCAUUCUCUGGUUGUUUCAUGAGUGCACUGUGUUUUCCUGACAGGUCAUUGUGCAGCGCUGCCUCUCAGGCAAGGACAUGUCUCAUGUGAAGGCUGCCUGUAUCAUGUGCGGGUACCUGAAGCUGCUGCCCAUGUUCCUCAUGGUGAUGCCGGGAAUGAUCAGCCGCAUCCUGUACACAGAUAGGGUGGCGUGUGUUGUACCUUCCGAGUGUAUGAAAUACUGUGGCACUGAAGUCGGCUGCACAAACUAUGCCUACGCCACACUGGUGCUGGAACUCAUGCCUGAUGGACUGCGAGGCCUGAUGCUGUCGGUCAUGUUGGCCUCUCUCAUGAGCUCCCUGACCUCCAUCUUCAACAGCGCCAGCACCCUCUUCACCAUGGACCUCUACACCAAGAUGCGGAAGCAGGCAUCGGAGAAAGAGCUCCUUAUAGCUGGAAGAUUAUUUAUCAUCUUAUUAAUUGUCAUCAGCAUUUUGUGGAUCCCUUUUGUACAGAUAUCACAAAAUGGACAACUGUUCCAUUAUAUAGAAUCAGUUUCUAGUUACCUUGGGCCUCCAAUUGCAGCUGUCUUCCUACUUGCCAUCUUCUGUAAAAGAGUCAGUGAACAGGGAGCUUUCUGGGGCCUAAUCACUGGACUCGUGAUUGGCCUCAUUCGGAUGAUUGCAGAGUUUACCUAUGGAACGGGGAGUUGCUUGGCUGCCAGUGACUGUCCCACGAUCAUCUGUGGAGUGCACUAUCUUUACUUUGCCAUCAUCCUCUUUUUUGUGUCCAUCUUGGUUGUCCUGGGAAUCUCCCUGGUGACAAAACCCAUUCCUGAUGUACAUGGCAGCUAA